GGAAGAGAUGACCUUGAGAAAUCGGAGCACCUCGGAGCUUGAGUACGGAGAAUCCGGCUCCGGCGAGCGCCGAUCGAGGGGGAAAAUUAAUCUAGAAUUUUAGUUUUGACGGGGAGUAAAAUACUAACCCAUCUCCAUCCUCCCACUACCUCUGUAUAUUCCGGUGCCAGUACCAUUUCACACUCAUGCUAACGGAAAUGUGCAAAUCGGAAUUGUGAUUCACCAAAAACAAGUUGAAAAGAGCUAAAAUGUUCCCUCAAUUCGGAGCCACUGCAGAGACCUUGAGCAAGGCAUCAACAAUAGUGUUCCGGAUUGGAACAGAUGCGCAUCUCUACGACGAUCCGGAGGACGUGAACAUCGCUCCGCUUCUUGAUAGCAAAUUCGACUCCGAGAAGUGCGAGGCUCUCAAACGUCUCCUCGCUCUCAUCGCCCAAGGCUGCGAUGUCUCCAAUUUCUUCCCUCAGGUUGUAAAGAAUGUAGCAACUCAGUCAUUGGAAGUAAAGAAGCUGGUUUACUUGUACCUGCUGCAUUAUGCUGAAAAGCGUCCAAAUGAGGCCUUGUUAUCGAUUAAUUGUUUCCAGAAGGAUUUGGGGGAUCCAAAUCCUUUAGUGAGAGCAUGUGCACUACGUACCAUGGCUGGCAUUCGUCUACAUGUAAUUGCACCUCUUGUUCUAGUGGCCGUGAACAAGUGUGCUAGAGAUCCGUCAGUCUAUGUCAGAAAGUGUGCUGCCAAUGCUCUUCCAAAAUUGCAUGAUUUGCGCCUAGAGGAGCAUGCCUCUUCACUUGAAGAGGUUGUUGGAAUAUUGUUAAAUGACCACUCCCCUGGGGUAGUUGGAGCUGCGGCAGCAGCAUUUGCUUCUGUUUGUCCAAAUAACUUAUCUUUGAUUGGGAAGAAUUAUAGAAGGCUAUGUGAGAUUCUCCCCGAUGUAGAAGAAUGGGGGCAGAUAAUCUUAAUUGAAAUCCUUUUGCGAUUUGCUAUUGCUAGGCAUGGGCUUGUAAAGGAAUCCAUUAUGUUUUCUUUGCAUUGUACAGAGAGUUCCCAUUCUGAAAAAGAUGGUUCAGAUGUCAACUUUGAAUUAGAAAAGGAUUCUGUUGACAGGGGUGGGGCAUACAACUUUGAAUUAGCAACUAUGGUCUCUAGGUGUUAUAUUGAAGGUCCAGAUGAAUAUUUAUCUCGGUCAAGUUACAGUAAAAGGGUUCCUUUUGAAUUACAUGGUGUAAAAUUUACAUCUGGCAAAACUAAUGAUGAUGUGAAGAUCCUGCUUCAUUGCACAUCUCCAUUGUUAUGGAGUAACAAUAGUGCAGUGGUUCUAGCAGCUGCCGGUGUGCACUGGGUCAUGGCACCAAGGGAGGAUGUCAAAAGAAUUGCUAAACCACUUCUGUUUGUUCUGAGAUCAUCUAAUGCCUCCAAAUAUGUGGUCCUCCGCAACAUUCAAGUGUUUGCUAAAGUGCUGCCUUCUCUCUUUGCCCCGAACUUUGAAGAUUUCUUCAUAUGUUCUUCUGAUUCUUAUCAAAUUAAAGCUUUGAAACUUGAGAUACUUUCUACCAUUGCCACAGAUUCAUCCAUUACAUCUAUUUUCAAAGAGUUUCAGGAUUAUAUUAGAGAUCCAGACAGACAAUUUGCUGCAGAUGCUGUUGCUGCAAUUGGUCUAUGUGUUCAACAACUUCCAAAAAUGGCAAAUGCAUGCAUAGAUGAGCUGUUGGCUCUAACUAGACAGGAGUUCUUGAUUAAUGGAUCUGGUGAUGGAGAAGGGGAUGUUCUACUUCAAGCAAUAAUGUCUAUCAAAUCUAUCAUAAAGCAAGACCCAUCUAGUCAUGAGAAGGUUAUAAUUCAGCUGGUUCGUCGUUUGGAUUCAAUCAAAGUACCUGCAGCCCGAGCAAUGGUUAUUUGGAUGGUGGGAGAGUAUAGCUCUCUGGGGGAUAUAAUACCCAGAAUGUUAACGACAGUAAUCAAAUAUCUUGCUUGGUGCUUUACUUCAGAAGCAUUGGAAACAAAGCUGCAGAUUCUUAAUACUGCUGUCAAGGUCCUACUUUGUGCAAAAGAGGAAGAGCUGUGUACAUUCAGUAGAAUUUUUAGCUAUGUGCUUGAACUGGCUGAAUGUGAUUUAAACUAUGAUGUCCGUGACCGAGCUCGUUUCUUAAAGAAACUUUGCUCAUGCAGUUUAGGUUCUCAGGGGGCAGAGGAAGUAACAAAUUGUCUUCCUCAGCAAAAGGACCUGCCACAUGUAGUUGCAAAAUGCAUAUUUGGAAAACAAACUAAACUCGUGUCACCUGAACCAGUUAACUGCCGAUUUUAUCUUCCUGGAUCUCUGUCACAGAUAGUUCUUCAUGCAGCUCCUGGAUAUGAACCUCUCCCCAAGCCUUGCAGUCUGAAUGUGCCUCAAGAAAUAAACGCAACCGUGAGAGGUGCCACUUAUAGUGACUCUGAAGAGACAGAUGAUCAUGGCUCAUCAUCUGGACCUUCAGAUGAGGAAAAUGCUUCUGAUUAUGGUUCUCAGAAUUCCAUCACUGGCUCUAGUGGCAGUGAUCACACUGGUGAAACUGGUUUUACUAGUGAAUGUGAUGAAAAUGCUGAUCCAUUGAUUCAAAUUUCAGACAUUGGCAAUGCUUCAGAAAACCAGAAUGCUGUUUCUCAGUCCUCAGCUGAUUUAGGGGAGCUAAUUUCCCAUAGAGCUCUAGAGUCAUGGUUGGAUGAUCAGCCUGGUUCAUCAAACCCAUGCAUAUCCAAACAAACUGAAGUAAAUAGAUCUUCGGCAAGAAUCUCUGUUGGGAAUGUUGGAAACGAGGUUAAACCAAAAAUAUAUGCACUGUUAGACCCUGCUAAUGGAAAUGGUCUGAAAGUGGAUUAUUCAUUUGCUUCUGAAAUAUCAGACAUCUCCCGUUUACUUGUAUGCAUAGAAGUUUACUUUAAAAACUGUUCAUCAGAGCUCAUGUCUGAUAUCACCUUGGUGUUUGAGGAGUCUAACAAAGGAUUAGAUGCUACUGACCAAGCAUCACUUGCAAAUGAGAGGUAAUUUUACUCUAUGGUUAUAGGUGUUUAUAAAUUUGUCCAAUUAUUUAUCUACUUAAAUGUGGAAAAGCUCUAUAUUUAGUGAUCUCAUUGUUGUCAUUCAUUCCUUCUAUCCCAUCACAAUAAUUUGUUUUCCAAUUUUUUAACUAGCUAUAUGAUGAG